UCUUGUUUUCAGGGUAUGGCCUUUACGCUACACGAACGCCAAAUGCUUGGGUUGCAAGGACUUCUACCUCCGAAAAUAGAGACGCAGGACAUUCAAGCCUUACGCUUCCAUAAGAAUUUGGCCAAAAUGACCGACCCCUUGGAAAAGUAUAUCUACAUCAUGGGAAUCCAAGAGAGGAACGAGAAAUUAUUCUAUCGGGUAUUACAAGACGAUAUCGAGCGGUUGAUGCCAAUCGUGUACACGCCAACGGUAGGACUUGCCUGCUCCCAGUACGGCCACAUCUUCAGGAGACCCAAAGGUUUAUUCAUCUCAAUCUCGGACAGAGGCCAUAUCAGGUCAAUUGUGAACAACUGGCCAGAGAACGACGUUAAGGCUGUUGUCGUCACCGACGGAGAACGAAUAUUGGGUCUCGGAGACCUGGGUGUGUACGGGAUGGGAAUUCCAGUCGGAAAACUUUGUUUAUAUACAGCCUGUGCAGGAAUACAUCCAGAUAAGUGCUUGCCCGUGUGCAUCGACGUUGGAACUGAUAAUACAACGCUCUUAAAAGAUCCGUUUUAUAUGGGCCUCUACCAAAAAAGAGAUCGCUCGCAGGUCUACGAUGACCUAAUCGAUGAAUUCAUGGAAGCCAUUACAGACAGGUACGGCCAGAACACCCUGAUCCAAUUUGAAGACUUUGGAAACCACAACGCUUUUCGCUUUCUAAGGAAAUACCGAGAGAAAUACUGCACCUUCAACGACGACAUUCAAGGGACGGCUUCGGUGGCCUUGGCGGGACUGCUGGCAGCACAGAGAGCCACUGGGAAACCGCUCGCGGAGCAGAAAGUGCUGUUCCUCGGAGCAGGAGAGGCCGCCCUGGGAAUCGCCAACCUCAUCGUCAUGGCCAUGAUGGAAAGCGGCGUUUCCGCCGAAGAAGCCUACAGGAGGAUAUGGAUGUUCGAUAAAUACGGUUUGCUGGUUCAGGGCCGAGAACAAAAAGUGGAUUCCAAUCAAGAACCAUUCACCCAUCAAGCUCCAGAACAGAUACCAAAGACGUUUGUAGAAGCGGUGAAUAUACUUCGGCCUUCAGCUAUCAUUGGAGUUGCGGGAGCUGGGCGGCUCUUUUCUCAGGAGGUGAUCAAAGCGAUGGCCUCGAUCAACGAGCGCCCCAUCAUAUUUGCACUGAGUAACCCCACGGUGAAAGCCGAAUGCACGGCAGAGGAAGCGUAUACGUUAACGGAGGGCCGUUGCUUGUUUGCAAGUGGCAGUCCCUUCGAGCUGGUGACUCUGAAAGACGGCAGAACCUUCAAGCCGGGCCAAGGCAACAACGCUUACAUUUUCCCAGGCGUGGCUCUCGCUGUGAUCCUCAGCAGUGUUCGACAUAUUAGUGAUAAGGUUUUCCUAGAGGCUGCUAAGGCUUUGGCAGAGCAGUUGACCGAUGAAGAACUCGCGCAAGGAAGACUUUAUCCUCCGCUGUCGAAUAUCAGGGAAGUUUCGAUUUAUAUUGCUGUCAAGGUGAUGGAGUUUUUGUACGCGAACAACAUGGCUUUCCACUACCCCGAACCUGCAGACAAGAACCGGUACAUUCGAUCCAAAGUUUGGACCUACGAAUACGAAUCCUUCAUGCCUGACGUGUAUGACUGGCCCGAAUCUAAGGUGCACUGA